AUGAUUGAAAUAGCUCAGCAAUUUUUGCUAAGUAGCGUUCCAAGCGCCGACUGGAUAUCUCAAGUAUGGUGUAAAUCAACAUUAAGCUAUCCUGUAAAUCCACAUUUAUCUAUUGAAUCUAUUACAGAUAUGCUGAUUAAAGCACCUGGAGUUGCACAACAAGUUCCUUUUGUUUGGAAUUUUAUUGAUAAGCCAGUGGAUGGUCAGAUCUUUUUAGUAUGGCUUUCUCCAGAGUCAAAUAUGAAUCCUCCUUCAGAUGGACUUCAGUAUAUGGAUUCUGAAAACUGCUAUCGUGUUGAUAUUGGGGGAAAUACAGUAGAAAUUUUUGAACAUAAAUAUGGAUUUCAUCCAGCAACAGAAUCCCAUACAUCACGAAUUAGACGGCGUUUUAGGCUUAUUAAGGGUGGGAAUGAUCAAUUAUGGCUGAUUUAUUAUUUAAGGUCAAAUGAAAAUGAUCGAUUACUUGCAAAUAGUCAAACUGCUAUACCACAACCUCCAAGGAGCUAUCCUCUCCCGUAUAUCCAAAAUAAACCAUUCAUGUUAUAUGAGAAUGCUAUACAGACAUCUCGUUCCUAUAGUUCUUCAUCUAAUGUUCUUACAAGACCUAUGAUGUAUUAUAACAAUUCCCCUUCUACUAAAGGAAGUCAGAAUUUUCAAAAAAAUCAAUAUUCUAAUCAAUCCGGAGAAUUGCAUUCUAAUUCUACAUAUACAAUACAAUCAAACGUAUCUUAUGAUUCAAGAAAAAAACAAAAAACAAAUUCUUCAACAUCUAUAGACUAUGGAUCAUCAAAUACAGAAAACUCUCUAUCAACUCAAUCGAAAGCAGCACCUGAAACAGAAGAACCACAAGGUGAUGAAUUAGAUUUCUUAACACCUCGUGAUAUAUCUAUAGCACGAUAUAUGAGACAUCAUGACUGGAUAGAAGAAAUAUUUAAUAGUACUUUUAAGAUAGAUGACAUCUUAUCUUCACCACUUUUUCCUAACUCCCCAGAUUUUACAAUUGAUGCUUUAAAAGAAAAACUAUCUAAUACUGAAAUACAAAUUAUGAAAGAUUUACAUAAAAAACGAAUUGAAAAAAUAAAAUUUUCUGAAGAAGCAGUUUGGCUUAAUGACGCAAUUAAUGAAUUAAACAAUGCUAAAAAUAUGGAAGAAAUUGCAUCCAUAACGAAAACCGUUGAAGAAAACUUAAAAAAAAAAAGUGUACAAAGAGUAUUAGUAAAGAAAAUACAUAUUAAAAAAACAGAUAAAAGACCAGAAACCCAAGAAAUGCUUAAAGUAUAA